AAAAAUGCAGCUUAUAAUCAUGAGUGAACAUCGCGAAUUCAGAGCCUUCAUCAAGUGGCUCAAGAUGCAAGUUGAAAUCGCAGCCGCCGAGCCCUUCUCACAAAAUGCUCUGGAAGUGGAAGAGAGGGAGUCGCCGGGCAUUGACUGCCCUCUAGUCCUCGCAUACAUCAAGAACAACAUGGAGCAGAGCAAACUAGCACCACAUAUUGAGAACAGACCUGGUGUCGAGGAAGGUGCGACUUGCAGCGAAGCACAAUUUUUCGCGAAACCACUCGUCCCAACAGCGAGCUAUGAACUCGCGAAAGAGGCGCUGAAACAGCUCGACGCCAAGGGCGGCGAUACAUUGCUCGUCAAGAUCAAAGAGGUCGGAGAUCCCAUGGCUUUGCUGAAUAUCCCUGCUUUGACCUGCGCUCUGAUGGGUCGGGUCCGUAUCGUGCUGAAGAGAAUCACCGAGUGGCAGAACCGUAUGCUCUUUCCGCCUUUCGAUCCACCUUCUGUCGCACUACAAUGGCAAGCUACUGAAGUCCUCGAUAUGAUUCAGACCAAAGACACGACAAUCGUUGUAGGCAUGGACAAAACUACACCUAACGCAAUCGAAAUCCUCUCCAUCUCCGCCGAUUCCAAGUCUCGCCAGAGCAUUUCUUCCGGACCCAUGUGGAAUCAGACGGCAACUCAACACGCCUUCUCUGGCGAAAUUCUAGACGUGAAAUUCAUCACUGGUAUGCCUGCUGAAGUUUCCGGUCUCCUUCUUCUGGUGCAGGAAGAGAGGCAAACACGAGUCGUUAGAUUUCGGGGCUCGAUGCAGAAAGUCUUGUAUACGUUUCCUGCGGAUCCGAGUUUCAAGGCGCAAAAAUUUGUGGUUGGUGGGAGGAGGGAGAAAUCUCUUUGUGUGGUGUUUGGGAAUAAGGGGCGGGAGUGGAGGGUGUUGGAUCUUAGUUUGCUUGUGCAGGGGAGUGGUGAGAUGGGAGGUGGGAUGGAGAUGUGAGGUAUGUAUGGCUUUGGGGGAGGUUAAUGUACUCGUUGGUCAAUUCAUGUGGACGCCUUAGGAGUGUCUGUAUUCCGGCCACGGCGCGUCCUUCGAGGUGUUG